AUGAGACUGUAUAGCCAUCUGCCGCUCCUGGCGCUCCUCGUCGUCCAGGCUGUCGGACAAAGUCAGGUGACCUCUGAAGAUCCUGCAAGGGAUGCUGGAUCAACGAGCAACUCCACGGCGGCCACCAGGCCAAGGAUUCCCAGUCAGGAAGAGAUCCUUGGCCAGAUGCCGCCCAUUCCCCCCAUCCGCACUGGCAGUCCUCAGAUGGACGUCUUUUACAUGAUGUUCCCGGCGUUGGGCAGCCUGCUCCGUUGGGGCAGCCUUUUCCCCGCCCAGUCGAUUCUGGGCGCCAUGCCCGACAAUCUGCAGCCCGCAGCGGCGGCCUCCAAGGUGGUGCUCGUCCUGGCCGAUGAUGCGACGGCCAAGACCCGAGUUGUCCGCCAGAAUCCGCCGCUCAAUCCACUUGGUCAGCUCAUGAAUUGGCCCGCUCUGCCGCAGGACUUCCAACUGCCCUCCAUGGACCUGGGACCGCAAGUGGGCUCGUUUUUGGCCCAACUGCCUCCUAUGCCCGCCAUUCCCAGUAUUCUGGGUGCCGCUGCUCCAGUUCCUGCUCCAGCUCCUGCCCCCGCUGCUGCUCCUCUGGCACCAGCUGCAGCUGCGGAUCCUCCGGCAGCACCUGCUCCAGAUGCAGCCCAGCCAGCCAUACUGGGACAAGCCGCUCUGCAGAACGCUUUCACCUUCCUGAACCCGUCUAACUUUGAUGCCUCCGGUCUUCUGGGCCAGAGCGCACCCACAUUUGCUCCUCCCAAUUUCGAUUUCGUGGCGCAAAUGCAAAGGCAAUUCUUCCCGGGAAUGACACCAGCACAGCAACCUGCUCCCGCUGGCACGGAUGCCCAGGCCUCCGACAUUUCCGAGGUGAGGGUACGUCCUGAGGCUCCGUACUCGCAAGAGGCCCAGAUGUCCCAGAUGAAGAUCCAAUCGGCACUGGAAAGGGAGCAGGAGAGGCAACAGGAGGCUCAGCUCAAGGAUCAGGAGCAAGUGCCUCUGCUCUGGUUCCGCAUGCCCACCACUCAGAAUCAGGAUGCGACUGAAGAGAAGACUCUGGAGGAUUUGCGGGUGGAGGCCAAGCUGAGGGCCUUUGAGCGCCAGGUGAUAUCCGAAUUGAAAAUGCUGCAGAAGAUCGAGCUCAUGGCUAAGCAGAUGAGGUCCAGCGCCAGCGCGCAAAAUGGUGAUUCACCCUACAGAAUCAAUUAUCCACUCAGUCGUACACCCAUUCACAAGAUCACCCGUGCUGAUAUCGAGCAGGCCCUUCGGGAUGACUAUGUCCGCCGAUUGGUCAACAAGGAGGCGCAACGGAGGGCAGGCAACUCCGGGAUGAACAGCCAGAAGGCAAAUGCCCUGAAGCGACAGGCCAAGUCCCAGGAGCAGGCUCUGUCCAAGGAGGACAUCGUCCAGAUUAUGGCGUAUGCCUAUCGCAUGGCCAACGAACAGAUGGAGAGUGAGAAGGGCAAGCAGGACAAGGUUUACGCGGCCUACAGGACGGAACAGAGUCCAAUGACGAUGGAGCAGCGGCAGUGGUCAGAGGAUCAGGCCAAGAUCCAACAGAAUCCUCAGCAGAUCCAGCAAGGCCCAAUGAUGAUGCAGCAGAGGCAAUCGGCGGAGGAUCAGGCCAAGAUGCAGCAAAGUCCAAUGAUGAUGCAGCAAGGCCCCAUGAUGAUGCAGCAAAGACAAUCGGUGGAGGAUCAGGCCAAGAUGCAGCAAAGUCCAAUGAUGAUGCAGCAAAGCCCCAUGAUGAUGCAGCAAAGGCAAUCGGCGGAGGAUCAGGCCAAGAUGCAGCAAAGCCCCAUGAUGAUGCAGCAAAGCCCCAUGAUGAUGCAGCAAAGCCCCAUGAUGAUGCAGCAAAGCCCCAUGAUGAUGCAGCAAAGGCAAUGGACCGAGGAUCAGGCCAAGAUGCAGCACGAUCAACAGAUGGCCCAACAGAUGGCACAACAAGGCCCCAUGAUGAUGGAGCAGCGGCAAAGGCAGUGGUCGGAAGACCAGGCCAAAGUCCAGCAGGCUCAGCAGAUGGCGCAACAGACACCCAUGAUGAUGCCACAGAUGCAGCAAAGACAGUGGACAGAGGAUCCCCAAAUGGUUCAGCAGAUGCAGCAGAGACAGUGGACAGAAGAGCAGGCCAGGAUGCAAAUGGCACAACAGCGACAGAUGGCGGAGAAUCCACAAAUGAUGCAGCAAAGGCAGUGGUCCGAGGAGCAGAACAAAAUCGAACAACAGCAGAUGGCGCAACAGAACCAAAUGAUGAUGCACCAGAUGCAGCAGAUGCAGCAGAGACAGUGGACCGAGGAUCAGGCCAAGACUGAACAGCAGCAGAGACAGAUGAUGCAGCAGACCCCCAUGAUGAUGAAGCAGCGCCAGUGGGCCCAGGAGAACCCCCAGUCCGUCCAGCAGCAAGUGCCGCUGAUGAUGCAGCAGCAGGCACCCAUGACGAUGCAGCGUGCAGUUGAGGAGCAAGAUAAUGAGGCCGAGGAUCAACUGGUUGGCGAGGCGGGUCCCCAAAUGCCGGAGAACGAGAACGGCGCCAGGCACAAAGUCGAUGCCCUGGGCCUUGGCGGCAACAAGCGCAAGAAGUCCAAGUCCAAGUCGGCGAGGCCGACGGUGAUUAACUAUUACUAUGCGGCACCCCAGCGUCCGGCAGUUCAGAGUUACGGCACAAGUUACGGCGGAGGUGGCUAUGGAUCGAACGCCUAUGGUGUCCAGCAGCCAGUCAAUGCCUAUCAAAGUCAAGGCUACAGGGCUGCCGUGGGCAACGAGGAGGUAGAUGAGAUGCUGCGCCGGCACCAGACAAUGGCCAGGACAAUAAUCCCGAAGCAACCAGGCCACGUCGGUGGAUCUGAGAGCCAGGAGAGCAGCUCCAAUCCUCCAGCGACGUUGACACCAGCUCUAGAAGAGCCACCGCAAGAGCAUCGAGUCCACAAAAGGUUAGCACUUCUCCACAGGUUUGGGCAAGGGACAGGGGUGGAUGCUACUGCAUCCAAAAGCUGCGGAUGUGGCACCUUGGAUUGUCUGUGCGGCAGGAGCUGUGGAUGCGGGAAAUCAGGUUCGAGGACCUGCCAGUGCAAGGCCAAUCGCCGGAACAAACGUAGUGUCGAGUAUGGCACCUUGGAGACCAUCGAUGAGGGUUCUCUGAACGAACUGAGAAGGGAAUAUAAGCUGGGACUCAAAGAGAUCACCCUGAAUCCAGAUGAAGAUCCCGCCGAGGCCCUGAUGCGCUACAAUGCGGCCUCCAUUCGCGAAGCCUUGGAGAGAGCCAGUAUGGUACCGCUGGAGAUCGGUGGAGAUCAGUACGAAGAGGAUGCGCAACACGAGCCCAUGCAGGAGGAGCAACUGCAGCAUGAUCCCAGCACAGAGCACCAGUACAAUCAUAAGAACUUUGUGCGGCUAACCGCUUCCACGGCGUCUCCAAUCACGAGUACGAGUACCACAGCAGCGGUCACUCCCAGAACCAAUGACUCCACUUCAGAAGCCCCCGAAGCUACUACCACAUCCACAACCACAACCACAGAAAGCACCAAGGAUGAGGGACUGGACAUGCUGCAGGACUCACAGGCCGCGGCUGAUAGUUCUCCCGUCACCAAGUCAAUUUCCAAGCAGGAGAUGGAGAUCCAUCAGCUGCACAGUAUUGUGGAUGAGCUGAAGAACGAAAUCCUUAAGCUGAAUCUGCGCUGCAGCAAAAUAAUAUCAAAUACUGUGGCCAAAGAACCAGUUCCAGAGCAGACCCCACCCGUGGUGGAGGAGCCAUCCAAGCAGGAGGAGACGCCAAAGGUGGAGAAGGAGAAAGUGAUUGCUGAAGAGCAGGCCCCAGUUGAGCAGGAGGAGGAGCAGGAAGAGGACGAGGAUAGUACCUCCACCAGUACGACCACAGAGACUCCCUCACCAAGUAGUAGUUACUCGCCAAAACCUGAACUCAAACCCAUUCCGGCCAUUGGAUCGCCCACCGUGGUUGAGCACAUUGGCUCCUCCAAUAAGCUGGACUACGAAGACGAUACCAAUUGGCAGCGCAUUCUGGCCAACCGCGGCUACGACAUGGAUUAUCUAACCAAGUCCCAUGAGCGUCAGUUUUCCCAGGGCCAAAAUCUCGAGAUGCCAAAGAACUGCAAUUACGAUGGAAAUGGCAGCCAGGAGUAUGGCCCCUAUCCGGAGUUCCAAGCGGACGAACCCAGCUCGGAUACGGAGGGCAAGACCAAGCGGGCUUUGAGUGUGAAACAGCAGGCGCAGCUGCUCAAUGCGGCCCUAAAUGAUAGUGGAAGUGAUUCGAGUGAUGCCUCCACCACCACCACCACACUCUCUCCGUACGCGCUGAGGGGAAAGUUUGUGAGUCGUAGGAGCACGGCUACUAGGACUCCCAUUCCAAGGACUAGGAAGGCCAGCGACGAGGUCUGGGUGCGAUCCCCUCGGCAAGUGAAAAUGCCCCAACGACCCAAGAUGUCCAUGUCCACGCCGAAGAAGUACAGCACGCAGGUGACCACACAGGCCACCGUGAGUAGCACUAAGCUGGACAGUUUGGUGGAUGUGCUCAAGGAUCUGUUGCGCCUGCAGAUUCAGAAGGAGAAAAAGUCCAGUCUGUUGAGAACCCAGAGCAGUGACCAUUCGAAAACCCCCAAAUCCAUUAAGCCCAUCAAAGUCAUCAAGCGAAAAAGGUUGCGCAGAAGGCAACACAAGUCCAUUGCCACGACCAUCAGGAGCCCCAUUCACUCCAAAGCAUAA